AUGACUUUUCAACUCGAGCGAACUUAUGGCUUGAGAGCUGAAAACUGGUAUCGUCCAGAGCUUGCCCAGCAGAAGUUCUUUUUGUCGGAGCCGGACAACCAGACACAAUUGUUUCUCGAUAAUUCGAACAAGAUCGCUAGCAAUUUCUUCUGGCAGACUGUUCGCAACAUCGGAGUGAUGAUUUUGUCGUCCGUCUACACAAAAACUGAUAUAAAUGGAAUGACGGGUUUCGGAAACAUGUUUCUGUUCAGUGAAAAUCAGUUCUCCAAAUUCCUAACAAUUGAGAGAUCCACGUGGGUGUCGGCUGGCAAGAAAGUUCUUGACCUCGGCGCAGGAAACGGAGACAUUACUGAGCACAUGCGUCCAUGUUUCGACGACGUCUAUGCAACCGAACUUUCGCCGAAAAUGCGCAAACGUCUCGCUUCAAAAGGGUACACAGUUCUGGACGCACUUGAUUGGGCAAACACUGAUGUCAAGUUCGAUUUGAUUACCGCCUUCAACCUCCUCGAUCGGCACUACUCUCCAAGCAAGUUGCUUCAAGAUCUGUGGAAUGUGUCUCACCGCUCCAACUGCCACGUCAUUGUGUCGCUAGUGCUUCCAGUUAGUCAUUAUGUAGAGUUCAAUCCAAAUGGAAGUAGUACUCGUCCAGACAGCUAUCUCAAUGUGCAAGGACGUACCUACGCAGACCACGUUCAUCAUAUGAUAGUCAAUGUCUUCAAAGCUGCCAACUUCGAUGUGGUCAGAUGGACGAGACUCCCAUACUUGUGCGAGGGAGACAUGAACAAUUCUGCCUACUACCUUCCUGAUGCUGUUUUCCUUUUGAAACCCAUUGCUCCAAAAAUGUCUUCCGCUCAGGCCGCUCCAAAAGUGUCAGAAGUUCCGGAAGAUCCAACUCCGGUACCACAAGCUCCGACGGCAAGUCAUACGGAGUUAUAA